GAGAAUUUGUAGCAUUUUUUUCUUCAGCUUUUUCAAGAUUAGGGUUUUACCAUUUUCGAUAUUUGUUGCAUGAUCUCAAUUGCUAUAAUGGUUUUUGGGUAAAGGAGUCAGAUUGAUGGUUGACAUACCAACACUGUGAUGAAUUCUCAUUGUUGGUUUAAAGAUGGCUUUUGUCAAUAAAAUUGGGAAUAUUCUUAGACAUGGUGUAGGCAAAAACACAAACUUGGAACUCUCUGCCUCAAAUGGUUCACUUUUCCAGACUAUAAGAAGCAUGUCUUCGUCUAAGCUUUUCGUUGGGGGUCUCUCGUAUGGCACUGAUGAAAGUUCUCUGAAAGAGACAUUCUCUCAAUAUGGUGAAGUAAUUGAAGCUAGAGUUAUUCUGGAUCGUGAAACUGGGAGGUCCAGAGGAUUUGGUUUUAUUAGUUUUCCAUCAAGUGAAGAAGCAACAAGUGCCAUGCAGGCCAUGGAUGGCCAGGAUCUUCAUGGAAGACGGAUAAAGGUGAAUUAUGCCACAGAAAAACGUCGUGAUGGUUUUGGAGGUGGCUAUGGUGGCGGUAACUAUGGUGGAGAAGGUGGAAACUUUGCAGAUGGUGGAGGUUAUGCAGCCAGUAAUUAUGGAGGUGGAGGUGGUGGAUUUUCUGGUGGCUACAAUUCUCCUGGAGGAGGUGGCUACGGUAGCAGUAGUGGCUAUAACUAUGGUGGGGAAGGCAGAAAUUUUGCAGGUUCUGGAGGUUACCAAACCAACAAUUACAGUGGUGGAUUUUCUAGUGGUCACAGUUCUGCUGGAGGCUACGGUAGCUAUGGAGGUGGUAGUAGCAGCUAUGGGAACAACAGUUCCCCUGUUGAGGGUGGCAACUACGGAAGCAGCACUCCAAACAUCAAUUAUUCUGGUCAAGGCAGUAGUUUCUCAGGUGGUUAUGGUGGUGGCAACAGUGGGAAUGACUUUGGUGGAGCUCCUAGUAACAAUAAUAGCUUCGCUAACACGGGAUUUGGUGGGAGAUCUGAAGCAUCAUAUAAUGGAAGCCAAGAACAGGUUAGUGUAGAUCAGGGAAUUCAAUCUGUAAAUGAACAUCUCGGAGAGGAAACAUCAGAAGGGAACUACAGGGAUGACGAUGACGAUGACGAACCAAAGGAUUACGCCAACACCAGGGGCUGAAGAAAUUUUUGGUAUCAAGAAAAUGUCUAGGACAUGUUUGAGUCAUGCGUGAAUAAGAUUAGUAAUUCUGUACUAUUGAUAUUUCCUUUUUAAGUAUCAAUAAUACUCAGCUUAUUUAUAUGGAAUUUUGAAUUGAUCAUUUCGUACUGGCAA